UCAAACAGAACCCGACGCAGACACGCGCUUUCAACCGGCGGAGACACUGGACGGGCCAGAAACGCGCGCAGCGGGGGCGGGAGGUCAGGAAGCGCCCCGCCCCUGCCCGAGACCCCGCCCCGGCCCGGCCCCGCCUUUUUGCCUGCCUCCCCUCCCUGCACGUACGGGCCCCGCCCCUCGCGCGCCGUUUUUUGUUGACCCGGAAACGGAUUCUCCGAAGUCAAGGUCCGCUCGGGGGGAAGGGAUGUUAAGGGAAAACUGCCACUAUCGCAUCAAGAUCAUGUCAUUCCUGUGAAGCUGGUGCUGGUUACUCUCUACUGGCUUCUGUUCACCUUUCCACCAGCCCCAAGACACACACAUAGUGACACAAGGCAGUGGAUAGGGAAAGAGCAAGACUUUAUAAGAACAUCUGUUCCAAGGAGACCUUCAUGUUCAUAGAUUUGUAAAGAAUGCUGCUUACUAGCACACUGACUCCUCUGCAGAUGUCUGAGGGUUCCUCCACUUGGGAUUUGUCUUCAUAGUGCUUGGAUGGUGUGAGCGAAAACCCAGAUGAAUACAUUUGGUGGCUGAGCUACUACAAUGCCAUCACCGGAUUCCAUGACCUUCGAGGAUAUAGUUGUAGACUUCACUCAAGAAGAGUGGGCCCUGCUAGACACAUCCCAGAGAAAGCUGUUUCAAGAUGUGAUGUUGGAGAACAUCAGUCAUCUGGUCUCUAUUGGCAAACAGCUCUGCAAAUCAGUUAUGCUUUCCCAUUUGGAGCAAGUAGAGAAACUUUCAACACAAAGAAUAAGCUUACUGCAAGGUAGACAAGUUGACAUUAAACAUCAAGAGAUACCAUUCAUUCAACAUAUCUAUCAGAAGGGCACAUCCACCAUCAGCACAAUGAGAUCUCAUACUCAAGAGGAUCCUUUUCUAUGUAAUGAUUUAGGAGAAGAUUUCACUCAACAUAUAGCAUUGACUCAAAAUGUGAUUACUUACAUGAGAAAGAAACAUUUUGUAAGCAAAAAGUUUGGGAAAACCUUCAGUGACUGGUUAUCCUUUAAUCAACACAAGGAAAUUCACACCAGAUGUAAAUCAUAUGAAAGUCAUCUAUUUGAUUAUGCCUUUAUCCAAAGUUCUGCCCUUAGACCACACAGUGUGACUCACACUAGAGAGAUAACAUUGGAAUGUCAUGUAUGUGGGAAAACCUUUAGCAAAAAUUCUAAUCUUAGGCGACAUGAGAUGAUUCACACUGGAGAGAAACCACAUGGAUGUCAUCUGUGUGGGAAAGCCUUUACUCAUUGCUCUGAUCUUCGAAAACAUGAGAGAACUCACACUGGAGAGAAGCCAUAUGGAUGUCAUCUAUGUGGGAAAGCCUUCAGUAAAAGUUCUAACCUUAGACGACAUGAGAUGAUUCACACUAGAGAAAAAGCACAGAUAUGUCAUCUAUGUGGGAAAGCCUUCACUCAUUGCUCUGACCUUAGAAAACAUGAGAGAACUCACUUAGGAGAUAAACCAUAUGGAUGUCUCCUAUGUGGGAAGGCUUUCAGUAAAUGUUCUUACCUUAGACAACAUGAAAGAACUCACAAUGGAGAGAAACCAUAUGAAUGUCAUCUAUGUGGAAAAGCCUUCUCUCAUUGUUCUCACCUUAGACAACAUGAGCGAAGUCACAAUGGAGACAAACCACAUGGAUGUCAUCUAUGUGGGAAAGCAUUCACUGAAUCUUCUGUGCUUAAACGACAUGAGAGAAUUCACACUGGGGAGAAACCAUAUGAGUGCCAUGUAUGUGGGAAAGCCUUCACUGAAUCUUCUGACCUCAAACGACAUGAGAGAACUCACACUGGAGAAAAACCAUAUGAAUGCCAUCUAUGCGGAAAAGCCUUCAAUCACUCUUCUGUCCUUAGACGACAUGAGAGAACUCACACUGGAGAGAAACCAUAUGAAUGCAAUAUAUGUGGUAAAGCCUUCAAUAGAAGUUAUAACUUUAGACUUCAUAAAAGAGUUCACACUGGAGAGAAACCAUAUGUAUGUCCUCUAUGUGGGAAAGCCUUUAGUAAAUUUUUUAACCUUAGACAACAUGAGAGAACUCACACUAAAAAAGUAAUGAAUAUGUAAGAGUCAUCAGCCAUAGCGUUAACACUAAAUACACCCAAGGACAAACAUACUACAGGAACAUGAUGUCUGUAAUCAGUGUGGAAAAGCCUUUAUUUAUAGUUACCACUUUGCUCAACCUAAAUGAAUUCAAAGUAGAGAGAAUCCAUAUGUAUUUAAUCGCUAUGGCACAAACUUCAGACUCUAGGCUAACCAUAUACAACAUGAGAGAAUGAAACCAUAGAUCAAAGGAAUGUGGAGGAGUCUUCCUCCACAGCUCUAACUAUUAAACAAAUGGGAGAAAUCACAUCACAAAAAUUCUGUGCCUGUCGUCAGUGUGAAAAUGCCUUUGCUGAUAAUUUAUCCUCUAAACAAAUGAGUAAAAUCCACAGGCAAGCAACCAUAUGUCUGUAAUUGCUGUGCACUCUCAUUCAGCUAAGCACCAAUUUUGGUGUGUGCCAGAAAAUUCAUUAUCAGGUAACUGAUAAAAACAGGAAAUAUGUGAAAAUAUUUUUUAUUAGGUGGGUUUGGCCUCUUUAACAAUUCUAGAAAUUCAUAGUGGAGAAGUUAUUCAAUGAAAACUCGUGAGAAAUCCUUUUCUUAAUACAGCAGCACUUCUAUAAUAGAUCAGAAUUCACAUGGUGUAGAACUCUCAAUGACAUGAAUGGAGGGUAGUCCUCAGUAAAUUACUUAUUCCUUAGUCAAUACCAGCAUUUUUCCAGUGAGAAAACAAUGUUGACCAGAUAGUGGAAAAACCUUCAGGCAGCUUUCAUGUCAAAAAAGUGAGACGGGGAUGAAAACUCUAAAAAGCCAUUGAUGAGAUGUAUAGCUGGAGGACAAGACAUAAAGCCAUCAAGCACGUGCUUGAGAAAAAAAAUUAUAAUUUCGAACAAAGACUUUCUACUUAAAAUAUGUGGCUUGAAAUGUACAAUUCUGAAAUAACCUGGGAAUAUUGAAUGCAGAAUUAGUAAGAAGUAAUAAGAUUAAAUUAGUACUGUCAAAAAUACAAGCAUUAAGUGUUGUUGCUGAAUAAUCUAAUAGGUUUAUUAAAAUCUAUGUUUUUUGUUUUUUGUUUUGAGACAGAGUCUCGCUCUGUCACCCAGGCUAGAGUGCAGUGGCGCAAUCUCAGCUCACUGCAAGCUACGCCUCAUUGGUUCAUGCCAUUCUCCUGCCACAGCCUCCCGAGUAGCUGGGACUACAGGUGCCCACCACCACACCAGGCUAAUUUUUUGUAUUUUUAGUAGAGACAGGGUUUCACUGUGUUAGCCAGGAUGAUCUUGAUCUCCUGACUUGGUGAUCUGCCUGCCUUGGCCUCCCAGAGUGCUGGGAUUACAGGCAUGAGCCACCGCGCCCAGCCCAAACUCUAUGUUUUUAAUUCAGUUUUAAACACAUAGAUUUGGGUCAGUUAGAAAAUGGGGACGGCCAUGGCGGGUCACACCUGUAAUCCCAGCACUUUGGGAAGCUGAUAUGGGUGGAUCAUUUGAGGUCAGGAAAUCGACACCAGCCUGGCCAACAUGGUGAAACCCCAUCCCUACUAAAAAUACAAAAUGUGUUGGGCAUGAUGGUGUAUGCCUGUAAUCCUAGCUAUUCAGGCUGAGGCAGGAGAAUCACUUGAACCCAGGAGGUGGAGGUUGCAGUGAGCCAAGAUCAUGCUCCUGCACUCCAGCCUGGGCAACAGAGUGAGACUCUGGCUCAAAACAAAAAGACAGUGACAUUCAAUGGAACUAAUACACAUAGAACACAAAAUUAUAUGUCCUAACUAAAUUAGUGUUAUAUAUGUACAUGGUAAUGAUUAAGUCAAACAUGGAUUAUGAAAGACUCAUUUUAAAAGUACAGUCUUAUGGUCCAUAAAUUUACCUUUUUGUUUUUAAACCACUUUAUCAAAGUGUAAUUGACAAAAGCUGUUACUUAAUGUAUACAACUUAAUAAAUUUUGAGAUAAGGAUAAGCCCAGGAAACCAUCACCACCAUCUUUGCCACAAACAUUCAUUCUCUCCAAAAGUUCCUUCCCUCAUUUUUCAUUGUUUUCUUUGUGAUAAAACCACGUACAUCACAUCAACCUGUAGCAAAUUUUUAAGUAUAUAAUAUAGUAUUAAUAAGUAUAGGCAAUAUAUUAUAUGAUUUAACAUUGCAAAAAUAAAACUAAUUACAAAUGAAUCUAUUUAAAUAAAAAUUGGCAGUGCUGGAUAAUUGUGGUUAAAUUUGCAUGAAUAUCUCCCAGAAUCAGCUAUGAGCAUCAUAACGUAGAGAUUUUUGUUGCCAUGGGCUUUUUUUUCUUUAAGAACCUUUCUGUUCUGUGUGUAAAUGUUUAAUAUUCUCACUUCUCCUCACAAGGGCUCUUUUAUUUAUGGAAUCUUAGCUUAUAUAUUCCUCUGUAGCCUCUAAAGCUUACACUUUAAAUAAAUCUGUUUUUUUUCUU